UCAAAACAACAGCAAAUACUACAGCUUCAACAACAGACCAAAUAGAAACAAAUAUGGCAUCGGUGGAGACGGGAAACAUGAGUAGGGAGGGCGAGAGAGUAGAUAUGUUACCAAAUGGGGAGCCGGAAAACUGGAUGGAGUACUUUGAGUUCAAGUACUCAAGGGACACACCAAGUGAUGCCCGCAAUGCGGUACUGGUGGUGGCGGCGCUCUUAGUCCAAGUCACCUAUCAAGCUGGGAUCAAUCCCCCAGACUACAUAUACAAGAAUAAACUUACUCCUGAAUUUUCCACAUUUUCCCUCACUGUCUUCUUGGUGGUCAAUACUCUAAGCCUUUCUGCGGCAAUGACGACGAUUGAAUAUCUGACGGAAAACAUGCCCUACCAGAGAGAGAUGAGAUUAGCCACUUUUUGCAUGAUGUUUGGGUAUGGCUGGUCUUCAUGUAGCACAGAGCCGGUCACUGUAACUAAGACAGCAUUUAUCGUAGUCGCUUCCUUGGUACCAUAUCUAGCUAGGUCUGUGCCUAAUAAGCUCAAGAAAUGGUCUAAUUAAGACAUAGAGCCCAGGGUGUGUUACGAAUUAGGCAACAACUGCGGGCGAUCCCAGUCGUAGUUUAUCAUCUAAU